AUGAUUCCUUCUUGUGUUCCUGAGGUAUUACAAGGUCUAACACAAAUAGAAGAAAUGUUAAUUGCCCGAGCUCUCCCCAUUAUGAAAGUUUAUAUCAAACCAGGGGGUCAAAGAGGUUAUUCUGGGCAUUGCAUAAAUUUGCCUCAAAAAGUUACAGACCUAGCUAAAUCAUUGCCACGGUGUCCUAAAGAUAUACCUGUAGUUGUUGUAACCAUGAAAGGCAAAGAUAACACAUUCAAAGAUGUUGUUGUAAGGAAAAAUAAGGUUGAACAAGCAUUGCAAUGGUUGAUAAAACAUAAUCCUCACUAUCAUGAUGUAAAAAUUGACAUAGAUUUGCUUGACACUUUCCCAGUAAAUGGCAUUCCACAUAACCUACAAGUUAUUGAAACAGAAUCAGAUCCAGAGGAAAUUAGUGAUGAAGUGAUUAGCCAAAGUGGUGAUCAAAAUGUUCUGCAUGAAACUGUUGACAAUAUCUGUGUUGAGAAUGAAGACGAUGUAUUUGAUGAGAAAACAGAAACAAGUUCUUUUCUUCCGCAGAGUAUCAAUGAACAACUUGAGCAUGAUGCAAUACAAAACAGAUUAGGUGCUAAAAUUGACUGGCCUGAUGUGGGAGAUCAGCCCCUUAAUGAAUAUAACACACCUUUUUUGGCUACAAUGGCAUUUCCAUGUUUGUUUCCAGAUGGGAAGGGUGAUCCAACUAACCCUGCAUUAUUUAGAGAAAUCAGCCUAUCUAAUAAAAUACAACAUCUCAUAAAAUUUGCUGAGUACGUUGAUGAAAAGUGGAUUUAUAGAUUUGCAUCUCACCCUAGAUUUUCAUAUUGGGCCCUUGAUAUGAUUCAAAGAAAAAGAAUGUUACAGCAAAGUGCUAUUUUUCUCAAACAAAAUCCCGAAGAAUCUCAUCUUACAAUAAAUGAACUUCGAGAUAUGGCAUCUAAUGACAGCUCAGGUGCUUUUAUGUCAAAACGUUCUAGAUAUGUAAGCAACAUCACAGGAAGCUCUGCAUACUGGUACAAAGUUCGAGAGGAUUUAAAGGCAAUUAUUGCUUGUAAGGGUGCUCCUACUAUUUUCUUUACUUUUUCCUCAGCUGACAUGCAUUGGCCUGAGCUGCACAUGCUUUUGAACUCUUCCGUUCCUAAUCCAACAUCAGAAGAAAGACGAAAAAAUGUUAUUAACAAUCCACAUUUAGUUGACUGGUUUUUCACUAAACGUUUAGAAAGUUUUCUUAAGCACUGGUUGUAUGAUACCUUAGAUGCGGAAUGGCAUUGGUAUAGGUAUGAAUUUCAAGCAAGAGGGAGCAUCCAUUGUCAUGGCACUGCCAAAUUGAAAAGUGAUCCAGGGUUAUGUAAUCUUUCUGAAAUUGCUUUAAAAGGGUUUUUAGCUGAAAAAUGUGCAGAUACUAGCAAGGACGAAAAUAUCUUACUUGAUAUUGAACAGGGUAACAAAGCUACUAGGCAAAUAUGUGAUUAUGUUGACUCUAUUGUUUCAACUUGGAACCCACUUCCACCUCAGAACAACGCAUGGACAAAGCCUGAUAUACAUCCAUGUAAGAAACGCUACCAGGAUGUUAGUGAUAUUGAUAGUGAUUAUGCUGAUCUUCUAAACACAGUUCAGCGUCACACACACUGUAGCACGAAAUAUUGUCUGAAGCACAGCAAAGAUAAUGAAAAUCUUCACUGUCGCUUUAAAUUUCCUUUUGAUCUCUGUUCAAAAACAAGUCUAAAUUUUGAACAAAUUCACACUAAAGACAAAUCUGUUCAAUAUAAAGCUAAUAUAGUAACCAAACGGAAUGAUCCUAGAUUGAAUAACCAUCAAAGAAUUCAACUUCAGGGGUGGAGAGGUAAUUGUGAUAUCCAAGUUAUCAUUGAUUAUCAUGCAUGCAUAGAGUAUCUCUGUAAGUAUGCUGCCAAAGGUGAACCUAGAUCACCAAUGUUAAAAGACACCUUCAAUGCAAUCAUGAAAAAUGUAAAGCCAGAUUCAGAUCCCCAAAAAGCUAUGAAAAAAGUUUUAAUUAGAACAUUUGGUGAUAGAGAUUUCAGUGCCCAGGAAACAAUGCAUCUAUUACUGUCAUUAAAAUUACAUAGCACAUCAUUUCAAGUAUUGCCAGUGAACUUAAACGGCUCACGUAGGGUAGAAGUUAAUGUUGUAGACACAGAACUUUGCACAAAGAACUCAUUAUUAGAUGUAUAUGCAAAUCGUAUUAAAUUCAAAAAUGUCUUUCCUGAUAUAAUGAGUGUCAAUCUUGUUGAUUUUGCUACUAACUAUACAGUGAAGAAGAAUUCUCUCGCAAAACAAACCUGCAAUGUGGUCCCUAGAAUAUUCCCAAACUACUCAUCUAAUCCGAAAGGUGACAAUUAUGCUCUGUUUUGCAAAUACCAAUUACUUAAGUACAAGCCAUGGAAAGAUUCUCAACAUGAUGCAUGGGGAAGUGCUGAAACAAGUGACAGUACUUUUAUUAUAGCAUGGCAUGACUACUUGAAUACGUCAUUUGCCAAAGAACAUGUUCCGCAAUGGGCAGAAAGGCUUCAAAAUGUUUUACAUAACAUUGAACUUUCUAACGAUCAACAUGUAGAAAAUGAACAACAUUCAGGAGGAACGGAUGAUACUUUCAGAUUACCAUAA